GCUGCUAGGGAUCUCAGCAGGCAGGGGGAGGUGCGAGAGGCUUCUAAGAGACAGGUCCGGGCAGCGAUCGGGGGUUGGCACCGGUUCGCUCACCCUUCGAGAGGUAGAGAGCUCUUGUCCGCAAUCUUUGCUGACCGCGCUAGCUGCGGCUUCUGUGCUCCUUCAUCCCAACCUCAGCAGCCAGCGUCCUGGCGUCUGACCCGGCCAUGCCUAGCCUUUGGGAUCGUUUCUCGUCCUCCUCUUCCUCUUCGUCCUCGUCCCGAACUCCCACCGCUGAUCGGCCGCCGCGCUCCGCCUGGGGGUCUGCGGCCAGAGAAGAGGGCCUUGACCGCUGCGCGAGCCUGGAGAGCUCGGACUGCGAGUCCCUGGACAGCAGCAACAGUGGCUUCGGGCCGGAGGAAGACUCUUCAUACCUGGAUGGAGUGUCCCUGCCAGACUUCGAGCUGCUCAGUGACCCCGAGGAUGAGCACCUGUGUGCCAACCUGAUGCAGCUGCUGCAGGAGAGCCUGUCCCAGGCGCGAUUGGGCUCGCGGCGCCCUGCCCGCCUGCUCAUGCCGAGCCAGCUGGUGAGCCAGGUGGGCAAGGAACUCCUGCGCCUGGCGUACAGCGAGCCGUGCGGCCUGCGGGGGGCACUGCUGGACGUGUGCGUGGAGCAAGGCAAGAGCUGCCAUAGCGUGGCUCAGCUGGCCCUCGACCCCAGCCUAGUGCCCACCUUUCAAUUGACCCUGGUGCUGCGUCUGGACUCUCGCCUCUGGCCCAAGAUCCAGGGGCUAUUAAGUUCUGCCAACUCCUCCUUGGUCCCUGGUUACAGCCAGUCCCUGACACUGAGCACCGGCUUCAGAGUCAUCAAGAAGAAACUCUACAGCUCCGAGCAGUUGCUCAUUGAAGAGUGUUGAACUUCCGUCCUGGGGGGCGUGGAGGGGGCGCGUACUGUCACCUCCGACACCCCCAUCCCAGAGUGAAGACAAGGAAUUUCUGUGGUGGAGACCCGCAGGCAAGGUCUGAAGAAGGACUGUCCCCUGGGUUAGAAAACUGACAAUAGCCACCUGAGGGGCGCAGGGCCAGGUGGGAGCAGGAAGUGUUGUCCGGGGAAGUCCCUAGGUUGUAUGCAGGUGGCUCCCUGUUGGGGGCACAUGCCCCUCCGUACUGUAGCUUGAAACAAAGGCUUAGGAGCCUCACAGGUUCCUGGCUGGAUGUGUAUGUAGCAUGUUCCUUAUUAUUAUUAUUAUUUCUUUUUGUAUUACUGACAAAUUACAACAGCAGUCUGGGCCAGAGCCAGGAAGGCAGCUGGUCUGCACUGGCCUCUGCCGGGGCUGUGUGCUGGGGGAGCGGGGGGGCUGGGGGGGGAGGUCUCCGACACAGUUUGUGUGUCUCCGACACAGUUUGUGUAUCUCCUGGUCUGAAAGGGCCAAUUGUGUUUGUGGUUUGUUUUGUAUCUUGUGUUUUUUUUGGGGGGCGGGUAUUGGAGCUUCACUACUGACCUGUUCGAGGCAGCUCUCUUACAGACUGCAUGAAUGUAAGAGUAGGAAGGGGGUGGGUUUUAGGAUCUUCGACACUUGAAACAAAUUGACAUCUGGGAGCUGCAUCCAGCCCACCCUGGUGCCCAUGUACUGGGGGAUUGGAACUGUGAGGGGAGGGGUGGGCUGAGGGGGGGUGGGGGUCUGGAACCCUCUCCCCCAGAGGAGUGCCACCUGGGUCUUCCAUCUAGAACUGUUUACAUGAAGAUACUCACGGUUCAUGAAUACACUUGAUGUUCAAGUAUUAAGACCUAUGCAAUAUUUUUACUUUUCUAAUAAACAUGUUUGUUAAAAACA